GUGGGGUGGAAGGUUAGCAAGGAAGCAGAGAGAAUUUUUUGGGAGUGCUAAGACUUCAAAAUGGGAAAUAUUGUGGAAUAUGAUUAUCCUUUUCUUACCUGUGUGAGCUUUAAUACGAAUCGACAAUAGCUGUUGUCAAGUCACAGCUAAUGAACAUCUAGAUGUGUACAGACAGCAACGAUCACAAGCAAAUUACUUCUGCUAACCUAGAUACUGAUUGAUUAUUUAUGCUGAGUACAGUAAAUUAGGGCUUUGACCAAUCAUGGUCACCCUGUUGUAAAACAAGUGUCCAAAUGGUUGUGUGAAUGCAAUUUUACAAUUGGUGACAAGUCUCCUGAAAGGUGCCACCAUGCAACAAGAAGGUAAACCACGUUUCCUCAAGUUCCAUCAAGGAAGUGUGCGUGGUGUUGCAUUUAGCCCAAGGGAUCGGUAUCUCUUCUGCUCUGGAGCCUAUGAUGGAAAAGUUAAUCUCUAUUCAGCACUACGCAUGGAACUGCUUAUGUGCUAUCAAAUUACAACCAUGACAUUAGCCCGUAAUGUUAAUGCUGUCAGAUUCACAUCUGAUGGGUCUAGGAUUUUGGCUGCUACCACUGCCAGACGACUAGCAGUUGUUGAUGUUGAAAGAGGGGAGCAACUUUUGGCAUAUGAUAACUGUGCCUAUUCUGGCAGAGAUCGGACUGGUUUAGCUGCUGAUCCUGUUUGCCCAAAUAUGGCUGUUGUUGUUGGGGCCAAUGGAAAAGGGCUUACACUUUUAGACCUACGCAUGCCUUUACCUUUGGACUUUGUUUAUGAUCUGCAUGGUAGCAUAAUACGAGACAUAGUAUUUCUUCACUCCUCAUGGCCAUGGGCCCGAGGACAGUCUGGUUCAAUACUAACUGCUGGUGGAGACGGUACUUGUAAAGUUUCAACAAUUGAUGGCAGAGGGCUGCAUCAAUUCCAUGCAAACCAUCAGGUCAACACCAUCUGCCCAACUCCAGAACCUUUCAAUCAAGGAGCAGAAGAUGGAUUUUACAGCCUCAUCAUGAGUGGUGGAGAUAUGGUGUCGUCGUAUGUGCCUCAUACUGGAAUUCAAGAACAUCUCAAAGAACACAAAGAAAACGCUGUUUGGAAACUUAGGUAUACUUCCAAUGGCAGUCUUCUAUAUUCUGUGUGUGAAGGUGGUGUCUUAAGAAGGUACAGACGCUAUCCAGAUCAUCAUGAAUACCUUGGAGAGGUCUUUCGACACAAAGAUGACAUCCAAGACAUGGAUAUCUCUCCCUAUGAUGAAUAUCUUAUUACAGCUUCAAAAGAUAGGUCAGUUGGAGUUCUACGGUUAGGUGCUCCGAACCAUGGAUGGACGGAAUACAGUGAGCUAACUUAAACUCACAAAUUUUUAGUCUGUUUUUUUCAUUAGCUAAGUUUCUAGGAUUUCUAUUAUAUGUAUUUGGCUGACAAUGGACAAUGGUAGACACAAUGAAAAUUAAGAUUGUGCUCACUGCCCUUGUGAAAUUUUGUGUACUUUGAUAAAAUCAGCCAGUUUUUCAGGCUAUAUUAUCAUUAGCUUCUUAGGUGCUGUAAAGAUGAUGGCAAUGCAUUGUUAAUGCAUCAUUCUGAAAUGGGAGGUUAUGAAUGUAAAGAGUAUUUACCUCUUUCUGCAAGGUAAGUUGUCCAAUUCUGACAUAGUCUAUCUUGAAGGACCUAUCCAAAUUGUAGAAGCACUUACCCAUGCAAUGCCAGGUAUUCAGUUUUUGUUUGUUUUGUUUGUUUGUUUGUUUUUUUGUUUCCUUUGUUGCUUUUUUCAAAUUUUAUUUUUGAGCUGUCAUUGGAAUUUUAUUUUAUUGAACUCAAAGCGCUACUCAAACUCCUAAGUUACCUUGUGAAAAUUUUGAUAGCUCUAUAGAGCAGAUAGUGGCAAUUUUGUUAAUUUUUCUGGGUUAUUUUGGUGUAUGAAUUUUCUCCAAAUUAAAUUCAUGUAACAUAUAUGUAUUGUCUACUUAACUUGGUGGAGGAUAUGUUUAUGACCUAUAAAUUAUGGUGUAAUGAUAAGCGGGUGUUAAUUACCAUCAGAAAGUAUGGUUUAAUCAUAAUUCUGAUUCUUCAUUUCCACUUGCAACAAUAUUUCAAAAAUGUCUGUGGUGUUCUAGCUGUGUGUUUUUGUUUUUCAAUCUCUUGUUUAUUUAUCAUGCUAUCCGAAUUCUUCCUUUUUACAAUAUUUACAAAUCCAUUGAUUGCUGUCUUGCUCAGUUUUUUACACAAGAUAAGAUUUUACUGAUCUGAUACCUCCUGGAAGUUUAACUUAGUGGUGAAAGAGAUUUUGUAUCUCCUCAAGUAUAAUUUGUAUCUUAGUCUCUUGUUACAUAAAUCAGAAUAUCUACAGUUGGGUUACUUUUGACACAAUAACAUUUACUGCCUCUAAAUGUUUUUUCAUUCUGUACUCUCAUGUCUGGAAACCAGGGUAUUAGUUUGCUUGCUGUCUCUUGAAUUUUUUUUUUCACAUCCCUCCAUUUUAUUCACUUAUGAGACUAUGAAGUGAACUUGAUUAGAUCUAGUUAUUUUGGUUUCAAGUAACCUAGCUGAUAAUGAUACCAUCACUUUAACAAACAAAUGAUGUAUAAAUUUUUUAACUGUAAGUUUAUAUGUAUGACUUCAAGUUGUAGUGUGCCUUCAUAUUUGAAACAGUACUGAAAAUUACCUCUUUGAGGAGUAUGUUGACUGUGUAAUAGCCAUAUGAAUUAUGGAACAAAAUUCAGAAAGUAUAUGGAAAAGUAGCUCUUAUUUCAUGGUCUAACUUUUUCUACUACCACCAUACUGUUUUUUGUUUUUUUUCUUUAUAAAAAAAAUUGUUUCCCAUAUUGAUUGUACAUUUUCUGGAGUGAUAUCAUGCUGUUCAUUAUUGUAUUGUAGCAUUUUGACUGGGAAGGGCUAUAUUAUAUAAUUCAUUGUGAUAAUUUGUGUUCUGGGAAUACUAAAUUUUGUCUUAAUUUAGAUUAAUUCUCAGUUGUAACACAUAAAGACUUCUUUUUGGACUUGCCUGCCUCUCUUUCAUCUAGUUUUCACCAUGUGAAUACUUAGAGAACUUUCUCAAUUUUAUUAUGUCUUUCAGAUAUGUAUGAUAAUUUGUUUUGCUGUAAAUAUGUCCUAAUACAAGAAUAAUUGUCUAGUCCAAACUGUUUGUCCUCUCAUCUGAUUUUCUGUCUCAUUUACUUGAAUUAGAGCGAGAGCCGUGUUCAACUAUUUAAGUUGUCCUGGUUCUAAGAAUACUGCUGUUGACAUAAGCAAAACAUCUUACUGGGACUUAAACAAUUUGUGAUUUCUUUCCAAACCCUAGCAUUACCAAAGUUGAACUGUCUCAUGACGUGUGACCAGACCACAAUGAACAGUUACCGAAAUCGUCAACUAACUGUCCAAGUCCUAAAUUCACUGCCACUUUUGUAAUGAGAGCCGGAUGCUGCUUUCCACCUUUCCAAUUUUUUGAUUAACCCUUUGGGCAGAACUUAAAAAUGUUUCCAUUCAAAUCAAUCGUCAUUCUUUGCAAAGCUGCUGCUACUUCAUUUUUCAUAACGUUUUCAAUUUGCCCAUGCUGGUUAAGUGUUCGAUCUUUAUCUCUUUCUGGCCAGCUAGUAAAUUUUGAUUGUGUUUCAUCAUUUCAUUUAGGGACCACUUUGUUUUGUCUUGCACAGCAGACUAUUUGAUUGCCAGUUUGUGCACUUUAUAUAUGUUAUUUCUUGAUGAAGAAACUUUAUGCUGUUAAUUAAAUGAAGCUGUUAACAUAUAUAUUUAUAUAGUAUUUUAAAAUUGUACAUUGAUAAGCAUAGAAGUUCAAGUGUAUGUAAUCACAAAGUCAUCAUAUAUUACCUAUAUAGCACACUUAACUAUGUCAGUAAUGAAUUUUUAGUGUUUUACUCUAUGUAACUUUUGUGUUACUAAUGCUUUAGACUCAUUAAUUUGGGCUUAUUUGUAAAACCGUAACUAUAGAGUGUGAAGGAUUUUUCUCCCUCGCCUGAGCAAAUAGAUUUCAAAUCCAGCCAUUCAAUCAAGAAAUGUUAAGGUUGUCAGAGAUUUACAGGGUGGUCCAUAGACCCCUUCCUUUAUUUUGCUUAUACUGUACCGCAUGCAGUUUUGAGGGCGGGUUGCAUACUCACACGCGGCCAUAAGGCGCCGUGGGGAGCGACGGUAGGAAAGCCCACUCGCACGCCUGUAUGCGGUACAGUAUAAGCAAAUAAACGCUGGGGUCUAUGGACCAUCCUGUAUAUUUGUUUAAUAUUGACUAUGAACUCACCAUGGUGUGGAUAUGAGGUUUGGUACUAAACUAACACACAUGAAGAUCUUGCAAGCAAGAAUUCUCUUACCUCGUCUUUUCUUGGCUACAAUUAUUUAUGAUUAUAUUUAAUUUCAUUCCCAUAUUAAGAUCAGUACCGUGGACCAAAAGUCAAAACAAAAAGGCAAGAGCUGUUUUUUUUUCUGUCAGUUUGAUGUAGUGGAUACAGUUGGUGUAUUCUUAACAUCUCAUGUUUAUUCUUGCUUGGAAAAAUCUUUUAGCCUUUGUUUACUGAAGAAAUAGUUGACAUAACUCAUGCUUCUUGAAGAAGCUAUUAAUCAAUAAAACCAAAUAUGAGUAUGCCCAGAUUAAGCAUAGCAUUAGUAAAAUACUUAUGUUAAUUUUUUCUUUCAAUUCACUGUCUGAGGACUUACAGUACCAACUGUAUAUUGAGGAAAAUAACAAAAUGUAGUACAAAGAUGGAAAAGAUUUAUCAAGUUGUUUGAGUAUACCUUUUCCAGAAAGUAUCAUCAAUUUAUGUUCAGUGUUUGUCAUUCAUAUACAGCCUCUAGUGCAAUACUGACUGUGACGUCACAAAACAAUUCAUAUUUUCUGUUAACUAUGCAAAGAUGUACAGAUAUUUUAUUUCUAGUAAAUUUUAUUAUGUAACAUUUAAGAUAUCUAUGUUGUUUAUUUGUUUUGGUUAAUGGUCCUUUCUGCAAAAAUUACUAAGAAGAUACUGUGUGAUGAAAUGUUUUAUAAGUCUAUAGAAUUUUAGGAUAUUGAUUACUUGUGAAUGUAAAGGGAAGUAAUGUGUUCAUAAUAUUCUAGGUAGAAAAUCAGAGCUUAUUUUGCCUUUCCUUGUGAAGGUGUUUUAGCAAUAUUGUAUAUAUGUGUGUAGUUGGGUUUCCCAUAGAGCUGAAGGGAUGCACCUAUAGUAUUGUUACCAAAAUGUGAUGCAAUCCAAACUCAAUAGCAGUUAUAGAUUUUCUUAGACUGGUGAUAGGUCUGAGAGUUGUUACCUUGCGUCUUAUCUCAAAAUUUUAAUCGCUUCUUGACAUGCCAUGAAUGGUAAUAUGUGAGGUGCUUGUUCUUUAUUAUUCCUCCUAUAACAAAACAGUAACAUUAUCUUAAUCUGUUUUAGGCUUUAUUUUUUAAUUUUUGUAACAUUUCCUGCAAAAAGUCUGCAAGCGGGGUUGCAGAAAAUCAAUCAGACUGAUUGUGAUAACUUAAAUAGGGUUUCAUAAAGGACAAACAAUAACAAAAGUUUUCUAGAUGUUUGAAACUUCAAGCAAAUUUUUCAGUAGUCGUUUUUACAAGAAAAUCAAAAAGAACUUCGUUUUCUGUAAUCAACACAACCCCCAAACCCAUAUGUGAUUUUCUCAAAAAGCAAUUCUUUCUUAUAUCAAGCAAUAAAUUGAUGUAGCAAAUAUAUGCAUCGGUGGAAUCUGUAGCAUUUCUUAAUAAAUA